GACUCCUGGAAAUGGAGGCUGCCCGCAGCCCCCCAGACGCCGGCUUGGCGGAAAGCCCUCCCCGCUCGGCAGGAGGGGGCCGACUAGGGAGGGACCGCAGUUUAGGGCCUAGGGGGCCACGUGACCCUCCCCCAGGAAUGCGGUGACGUCACCGGGGGCGUGGCUGUCCCCAAAAUUGGGGAGGAAGGGGGAAAAAAAGCCAGAAAAAGUUUCUUUCCUGGAGUCCCGAACGCGGUGUGGGACAGAAGAAGGGGUCCAGGCCAGAGGUCCGGGGCUCCGUGGGACCCUGACUGCCGUCGGGAGGCCCCCGUACCAGGCCAUGUCGGGGCCCACCUGGCUCCCCCCGAAGCAGCCGGAGCCCGCCAGAGCCCCCCAGGGGAGAGUGCUCCCCCGGGGCGCCCCAGGGCCGCCGCCAGCCCCCGGAGCAGCACUCCAGCCCCACCCCAGGGUCAAUUUUUGCCCCCUCCCAUCUGAGCAGUGUUACCAGGCCCCGGGGGGACCAGAGGAUAGGGGGCUGGCCUGGGUGGGGUGCCAUGGAGCACCCCAGCGCUCACAGGGGCUCCCCCCAGACCGAGGGGGCUUACGCCCAGGAAGUCUGGAUGCUGAGAUCGAUUCGCUGACCAGCAUGCUGGCUGAGCUGGACGGGGGUCGUGGUCAUGCCCCACGGCGGCCUGACCGGCAGGCUUAUGAGGCCCCUCAGCCCCCUGCCUACCGCACGGGCUCCCUGAAGCCGAAUGGAGGGGGUGUUCCUUCCCCACCGCUCCCAGCAUCCCCUUAUGGGGGCCCCACUCCGGCCUCCUACACAACAGCCAGCACCCCUGCUGGCCCUGCCUUCCCUGUGCAAGUGAAGGUGGCACAACCAGUGAGGGGCUGUGGCCCCCCCAGGCGGGGGGCCUCUCAGGCCUCUGGGCCCCUUCCAGGCCCCAACUUUCCUCUCCCAGGCCGAGGUGAAGUCUGGGGGCCUGGCUAUAGGAGCCACCGAGAGCCAGGGCCAGGGGGUAAAGAGGAGGUUGCGGGGGUCUCUGGCCACGCAGGCGGAGGAAGAGGAGGCGGGUAUGGGCCCCAGGUCCCCCUGAGCCAGCCUCCCGAGGAGGAACUUGAGAGGCUGACCAAGAAGCUGGUGCACGACAUGAACCACCCGCCCAGCGGGGAGUACUUUGGCCGGUGUGGUGGCUGCGGAGAAGAUGUGGUCGGGGAUGGGGCCGGGGUUGUGGCCCUGGACCGCGUCUUCCACGUUGGCUGCUUUGUGUGCUCUACGUGCCGGGCCCAGCUUCGGGGCCAGCAUUUCUAUGCUGUGGAGAGGAGGGCGUAUUGUGAGAGCUGCUAUGUGGCCACUCUGGAGAAGUGCUCCACAUGCUCCCAACCCAUCCUAGACCGGAUCCUGCGGGCUAUGGGGAAGGCCUACCAUCCUGGCUGUUUCACUUGCGUGGUGUGCCACCGUGGCCUCGACGGCAUCCCUUUCACGGUGGAUGCCACUAGCCAGAUCCAUUGCAUUGAGGACUUCCACAGGUCAGGCUGGGUCCCCCACCUUUGUCUCAGGAUGUCUGGCUUUUCCCAUCUUCCUCAUCGCUCCUUCAUGUCUCAGUACCAGCCUCUCCCGUUUCCUACCCCUGGCUAUGCCUCAUUUUUGUUAACAUCAAUCUCUUCCCCAAGAUCCAAGACCAUACCUCUGGCCUCUCCUGUUCCCUUCUUUAUGCCACCUUCUCUGGGCUCCACUGUUAGUCUUCUCCAGCCCAGCUUGACAGCCUCUUGGUUCCCCUCCAUCCCAGGAAGUUUGCCCCACGAUGCUCAGUGUGUGGUGGGGCCAUCAUGCCUGAACCAGGUCAGGAGGAGACGGUGCGAAUUGUUGCUCUAGAUCGCAGUUUUCACAUUGGCUGUUACAAGUGCGAGGAGUGUGGGCUGCUGCUGUCCUCUGAGGGCGAGUGUCAGGGCUGCUACCCACUGGAUGGGCAUAUCUUGUGCAAGGCCUGCAGUGCCUGGCGCAUCCAGGAGCUCUCAGCCACUGUCACCACCGACUGCUGAGUCUUCCCA